GAGAUGGAGGUGCGACUUCUGACGUAAAUGUUAUCACUCGGCAAAGGUUUAAAAUGUCGCCAGGGUCUUUAGUUGGGCUUAAAAGAAAAAUAUUAAUAGCUGGUUUUAUUUAAGAUAUAUAAACAAUUCGCUAGAAGUCUGUUGGUUGCAUUACAUCACCACACAGACAGUCGUGGUGCACCCACACAGGUGUUCUCUGUUUCUCUAACUGGACUGAAGAAACCCGCAGGUGUAGCCAAUAACAUUAAUGAUAGCUUUGUGCCAUUUAAUUUAGCCAUGACACUCGGCAUGCAAAAACAGCAGAACUGAACUUAGAACGCUUUUAUUGACCAUAGCCAUUAUUAAUGUUAAUAAUUAUCAGGUCCCAGGAAAGACUGUACAAAGAGGCCCAGUUACUCUGAGCCUCCUUCUCUUAGGCCCCGCCUCACCAGGAAAUGCAAAAACAAACUCAGCAGUUUCACUUUUAGCAAUGUGUUUACGGAAGAUAGAAGACGCACAGUACUGAGGGUGUUUAUCAGCUUUAACUUAAAGUCAUCAAAGAAGAGAAACCAAGAAUGGAAGAUACAGAGAAAUCAAAGCUUGAGGAGAUGCUGAUGUGCCCAGUGUGCCAGGAUGUCUUUAAGGAUCCCCGGCAGCUGCCCUGUGGACACAGCAUGUGUAUGAGCUGUCUGGAAAACAUAAUGGAUCACUCCUUGGAUGUUCCCUUCCGCUGUCCAGACUGUAGGGCACAUUUUGGUACAGUUGUCGGGUUACAAAAGAACUAUGCGCUUGCCAACAUCGUAGAGGACUUCAGGGCGAGCAGGAAGAGGAGGGAAGAGCAGUCAAAAAGUGUGUACUGCGACUACUGCUUGGAGAAGAAAACUCUGGCCAUCAAAAUGUGUCUAAAGUGUGAAGUGUCCAUGUGCCAAGAGCAUGUCAACGACCACCUGGAGCUGCCGGUGUUCACAGGACACCCUUUGGUCAGACCUCUGGGUGACCUCCAAGAGAGGAAAUGCCCACAGCAUGAGGACGAGGUGCUGAGGUACUACUGCAACACAUCCAGGCGCUACAUCUGCAACGUGUGUUCCCUUGAGAGCAAGCAGCACACCCUGGCCACUGAGGCCUCUACUGUCCUGCGGAGACAGCUGACUGAGUACAUGGACCAACGCUUCAACAUGCUCAGCAAGCAAAUUGGAGAAUCCAAUCAAUCAGUAAAAAAACUGCAAGAAGUCAUCCAACGUGAAAAACAGAAAGUGAACCCUGCCGACUCGACCCUCAACAGUGUCACAGUGGUGCUGCUCUGUCUGUGGUUCAUUGUUCUGUAUUAUGCCUACAACUACUCUGUGGAAAACCAGAUGCUGACAGAAGCACUGGACAAGCAGCAGAACCGCGUGCAUCACAUUUAUUCCACCAUUGCAGAACUUUUAGUCGGUCAUCCAAUGAAGAGCCACAAACCUCCAGAGACAGAUGAUCAAGGAAUCCUCAUGUGGGAUCUGGACACAGUCAGUCCUUUCCUUGGAGUCUCAGCCGACCUCCAAACAGUUGAGAGAAUGAAAAUUCAGGUGGUCUAUUCCGACAGUGACAGCCGCUUUGAUGAAGCUCCGCAUGUCCUCUCCACGCGGUGCUUCUCCACUGGUACCCACGUCUGGGAGGUGGAGGCUGAGGGACACUGGGAUAUCGCUGUGUCCUACAAGAACAUCCAACGCAAAAGCAAGGACAGCAGCACCUUCGGAAAUAAUGCAGAGUCCUGGAGCCUUACACACAAUGGCAAAGGCGAGCUGUUUGCUCAUCAUAAUAAAAUAAAAACCGUUCUCCCUGGACCCUUGCAAAGCAGUCGAAUAGUAGUGAUGGUUAAUUUUGAGAAGGGCAACAUCACGUUUAGUGCUGUGGAGCCCACAGUCACACAGCUACAUGAGUUCAAGGCUGAGCUGGCUCAGCCGGUGUGCCUGGGAUUGGGGCUUCACCGUGAGGAUCCACCUAGCAGAGCCUCUAUUGUCAAAGCUACUUGAAAAUCCUACAAACUGUCACAAUAAUCAGCUAACACAGCAUCCAGACUGCCUUAUAUGUAGCUGGUAAUCAUGGAGAACUAACUUGACUUGCACUAAAAAGUGGAGGGGUCUGAAAGGAAAGACCUGAAUAUGUCACUGCCAGAAAAUGAAACCUUUGCCUCAGGAAUAUGUUUUUGUAUUUCAAGUUGUAUGAAGGUACUUAAAUCAUAUGUGAUUAAAAGAUGUUUCCUUUCA